AGGCGGGGCCCGGGCGGAGCCGAGCCGAGCCGAGGCGAGCCGGGCCGGGCCGGGCCGGGCUCCCCGGGCUCAUGCAGGGCUCGGCGCGGCGGAGGCCGUUCCCGGCGGCGGCCCCGGGCUCCCCGCAGCCCCCAGGGCCGCUCUACCCGGGCAGCCGGGGAGAGCCUUCAUACAGGGAUGGGCCAGUUUUUACUCGUGAUGCUUUGUCUCCUCCUCUCUUUGGAGCCUCAACUUCGUAAGUGUGCCGCAGAUCUCCAAACAUCUGCCAGGACAGCGCAGGUUUUGGGUGGGGACGCAGACCUGGAGCCUCCUCCCUGCCUCCUCAGGGACCUGUUGCCUGACCCCAGGCAUGGAGCUGUCAAGACCGAGGACAACUUCAAGAGCUCCCAGUUUCACCUCGAUCUCUGGUUCUACUUCACGCUGCAGAACUGGGUGCUGGACUUCGGCCGUCCCAUUGCUAUGAUAAUCCUGCCUUUGGAGUGGUUUCCUCUAAACAAACCGAGUGCUGGAGAUUAUUUUCACAUGGCUUACAACGUUAUCACACCAUUUCUUCUGCUAAAGCUCAUCGAACGCUCCCCUAAGACCUUGCCACGCUCCAUGGUGUACGUCAGCAUCAUCAUGUUCGUCAUGGGAGCAAGCAUCCACCUGGUUGGGGACUCCGUAAACCAUCGCCUGAUUUUCAGCGGCUACCAGCACCAUCUGUCUGUAAGGGAGAACCCAAUCAUCAAGAACCUGAAGCCAGAGACACUGAUUGAUUCCUUUGAGCUGCUGUACUACUACGACGAAUAUUUAGGUCACUCGAUGUGGUACAUCCCUUUCUUUCUGAUACUGUUCAUAUAUUUCACCGGCUGCUUCACUCCUGUUGAAGAUGAGAGCAGGAUGCCAGUGGCUGCCUUGCUUCUGAUGGGGCCGAGCAGCCUUUAUUACUGGUAUCUCGUGACAGAGGGGCAGAUCUUCAUCCUCUACAUUUUCACUUUCUUUGCCAUGAUGGCUUUGGUGAUGCACCAGAAACGCAAAGGACUCGUCCUGGACAGCAAUGGGCUUUUCCUCUUCUACUCGUUCAUCAUAACGCUGGUCCUCAUUGCUGUCUGGGUGAUUUGGCUGUGGAACGACAAAAUCCUCAGGAAGAAGUACCCUGGCGUGAUCUAUAUCCCCGAGCCAUGGGCUUUUUACACCCUGCACAUGAACAACCUCCACGCAGGAAAGGAAAGUUUAUAAGUUUUGAUAUUUCUGAGUGAUUCAAAGAAAAAAAAAAUAGUUUUUCUAAUGUAGAGUUAUUUCAAAUAAAUUCCUUGAC